AAUGGCGGGUCUGUCACAAAAAUUCAUUAAAAACCCGUGUUUUCUUCUUCGUUCGAUGCAGAGAAGCCUUGUGACUAAAGUAGCGUCAGACCAAGGGGCGAAAUUCGACAAGAAGAGCAAGAGAAUGGAAAACAGGAAGGAAAUAUUCAAAGAUGUUCGCAAGGGCUACUUUUAUGAUUUCCAUGAAUUUCGUAAGCUCGGUGGAAAGAGAUUUUUCGCUUUUAGUAAGCCAAGUGAAUUGAAGGAUUCACGUCUCUUUCCUGCAAUGAAGGCAAGAACACUUUCUCAGAACGAAGUUGAUUUACAGCAAGAAUUUGCAGGUCAUGUAACACUGGUGUUAUUGUGGAUCAAAGCUUAUGGAGAGGCAAUGUGUGACAAGUACAGACUUCCAUUUGUGAAACACUUUCACGGAGAACCUCUUGCGCAGUACUAUGAGAUAAGUGCUUUAGAUGGUUUUUUCUUCAAAGCAUUUAAAGGAAUUAUUGAAAAAAAUUUAAGGAAAGAAAGGCCUGCAGACAGACAUGAUAAUUACCUCUUCUUUAGCGGUAACUUGAAGCCCAUAAAGAAGAAAUUCAUGGAGAAUGAAAUUGUGGGACAUGCCUAUCUAGUUGAUUGCAAUGGGUUAAUACGAUGGAAGGCUCAUGCCAACCCCACUGAAGAAGAAAUCACACACAUGUUGGACUGUUCACAACUGCUUCUUAAAGAUGCAAGAAGAACUCUUGAUUCUGAAGAUAAGGUUGCCUUUCAUAGCAGAUGAUAAAAGUGGUGAUGUUCAUUUUUGUGGUAUUUUGCAGAUUUUUGUAUUUGAAGGAAGAAGUAGCUUGGUUUUUGGGAUUGUGAACAUCGCUUAGAGUGAAAUAUACACGACUUUUAUUUUAUUUUCCACAACUCAUUGUACAUUUUGAAUGGAACUUACUCAAGGUGUAAUAUUUCAAGCCAAGCCAUCUUGAAUAAAAUUAACUUAUUAUUCACAACUUUUAGCUAUGUAAGCACAACUGUAAGCUUUAUUGAUAAAUAUAUUAUUUUUAGCCAACUGUG